UUGUGGCGAUAGCGUCGAUCUGUCUUACGUGUAAUUUCUGCUAGCCAGCAUCCUGUGAUCUCCGUCAAUGUAUUAAUUACCUGUGCCUUAAUUUAAUUUGGAAUCAUGUUCUGGCCAAUACACUGUGCGUGCAGUUGCGUUAACAUUUGAAUGUUUUUUCCGCAAAUACGAUGAUGUCUAAAUCAAAAGCAACACAUAACCUCAAUCAGUGGGAUCAGUUCGACAAUCCUUUGGCCCCGUUGACGGAAUGUCAAAAAGAUUGCCUAUCAAGCCUAGAAACUAUCAUCACUUCUCACUUUCCAUCAUCGAAUUCACAAACCAGCUUGAUCAGUGAUGAUGACGAGAAAAUCCAGCAAGACUCACAGGAGAACACUCUUCCCAUAGAGAGGUAUCAAGAGUUGCUUCAGCAUUAUUUGUCUUUAGAGAAAAAGUACGUGUCAAUGUACGACAUGAAAUACAAUCUGUACCUUAACGAGCUCAAGUUGAGGAGAUCUGAGUGUGAAGAGGUUUGCUCACAGAUAGAGGAGGCACUAAACGACUUCUCUACAUUGUACAAGCAGUACACCGAGGUGUCUGGCAAGACCACCUCUCUGUAUGAGGCCAGUGAACAGCUGAUCUCUGACCAGAAGCAGCUGAACACGACAAUCGACAGCAUCACAGAAUAUGUGAAGUACUUCAAAGAAAUUGACCUGAUCACAGAGAAGCUGGAUGCACCCACACUGUCGGUCAACAGCGACAUGUUCUUCAGCAUAUUGGACAAGAUCGACACUAACAUCAACUUCAUGCAGAGCAACUCGUCGUACAACGAGAGUGGAGUCUAUCUGAUACGUUACAGACACUGUCAGUCAAAGGCAAUCGCGCUGAUACAAAAUUACGUCUUUGGUCUGUUCUCCAAGACCACAGAAAGCAUCCUGAACCUGAAGGACAACGAGGGCACGCCGGAGAACGCGGACGCGGCCUUGGCGCUGUUCUAUGGCAGAUUCCAGACGAUCCUGUCGAAGACACGGCCGGUGAUCGAGCAGGUCGAGAGCAAGUCGUACAAGAGGCAAGAGUACGACAGCCUGCUGCUAGAAUGUCAGCAGUACUACUGGAGCCAGCGUGGCUUGGUGUUGGGCGCGAGUAUACAGAAGUCCCUGAGCUCUGUCAGAGAGAAAUACAACGGCGACCACUGCAGCCUCGUGCGGCACUCGUGCGCGUUGCUCCUGCACGCGUCCAUAGACGAGCACCGGCUGUUCUAUGAAUUUUUUUCCAAACAAUCGAGCGGACUGACCGCGUACCUAGAGAGCCUGUGCACCUCGUUGUACGACGCUCUGAGGCCCUUCAUCAUACACAUCAAUCAUCUGGAGACGUUGGCGGAGAUCUGCUGCAUCCUUCGGAUUGAAAUGUUGGACGAGCAUGUGCAGAACAACUUCGAGCCGUUGGAGGGCUUCGGCAACAUCUGCCUGCAGCUGUUGCACGACGUGCAAGAGCGACUGGUGUUCCGUGCUCAUCUGUACCUGCAAUCCGACGUGCUCAACUACAACCCGUCGGCGGGCGACCUGGCCUACCCGGAGAAGCUGCGGAUGAUGGAGGAUAUCGCGGAGUCGAUCCGGGAAGAGACUCGGCAGACUCGCAUGAAGAAGAUCUCGGUGUCGUCUGCCGACAGCUCCGCCCUUGAACCUGUGUCGCGCAAUCACAUUGUCAUCGAUUCCAUCUACCAGAAGACGCACAUGGGCAACUCGCCGGCGGACUUGCACGGCAUGUGGUAUCCCACGGUUCGCAGGACUCUCGUAUGCCUGUCGAGACUCUACCGUUGUGUGGAUAGGUCGGUAUUCCAGUCGCUGAGCCAGGAGGCGAUCUCCCUCUGCGUCCAGAGCAUCGAGAACGCCAGGCAGGAGAUCGAGAGGAGAGCGAGCACUUUGGACGCCGAGCUAUUUCAGAUCAAGCAUUUGUUGAUCCUCCGAGAGCAAAUCGCCCCUUUCCAGGUCGACUUCACCAUCAAAGAGUACAGCCUGGACUUCUCCAAGGUGAAAACGGCUGCGUUCGGACUGCUGGAGAAGAGCUCCCGGCUGUUCACUUUGUCGAACAACGCAUUGCUGCAGUUUCUUUUGGAGGGCGCGCCUCAGAUGAAGGAGCAGCUCAUUGACUCGAGGAAGCAUGUGGACGCGAAGUUGAAGUUCACGUGUCAGCAGUUGAUACAGCACGCGACUUACUUGCUGGUUUACCCUAUUGUGAAGUUGCUGGAGAAGGACAAGUUGCUCGACGCGAGCUCAAGCCAGGAAAACACGCUAGGCAGCGCACAAGAAGUGGCGACCGCAGUAGCCGAUGUGCUGAGAAUAAUCAAGUUCAAGUGCCCCGAGAUACAGCAGUCGAUGCAGCUGUACUUGGCCAACAAGGAGACCGAGUUCAUUCUGUUCAAACCUGUGAAGAAUAACAUUUGCGCCGCGUUCACGCAGUUGCACCAAAUAUUGAGCAAGUAUUACAACGCGGAGGACCUUCAGUUGAUCGCGUGUCCAUUGCCUGAGCAGAUUUCCGUUAUGCUGAGCUCCACCACGCUGAUUCAGGGCAAGUCGAAUCGAGAUGCGCAAGCCUCUUUAAAGAGAUCGCAAUCGAUUAAUAAACAAGAUAUUUAAAUUACAAGAGCCCAAAGUCUUUCGAUUGUAUUUUAUUGUCAUCCGUUGUACUUGUAUUUUCGAAGUUAAAUAAGCGAUUUUAAUACUGUCAGUAUAAGCCGAGUAGUUUCUACAGUCGCGUAUCCUAUACUCCAAAAUCUGCAAAUAAUUAGAUAGUUACUCGAAAUAAAAAAUCCUAAAUAAUAACGGGACAAUAUCUCUCGAUUUUUAUCGAUUUUUGCAGCAGCCAAUUUCGCAUGAGCUAAUAUUGUCCAUUGUUUUUCGAAGAUAUUGUAUAUAUUAAUCAUAGUGUUUAAGUAGUUUGCAAAAUAUUCAACAAAUGCUCGAAAGAUUCGGGUAUUGGAGUAGCACUCAAGUUCUCGGUUCCUCAAUAUUGAUACCAUUAUCUAGAACGAGAUAGAUAAAUAGGAUGAAAUAAAUAGAAUAAUAUAGCGCAAUUGUACAAAGUACAGUAAUAUACAGAACAUUUAUAAGUUUUUUAAAAGUCAAUGUAGAGAUAAUAGUGUAAAAAGCAAUUUUAAUUAUUUUUCUCUUAUGAUACAUAAAUAAUUUAUAGAUAAAUAAAACAUAGAUAAAUAAAAUCUGUUGAUAAUAUUUUUCUAUCUUACAUAUAUUACUCUUAUAAUAGAAUACUUGUUACUUUAUUAAUAGAAAUAUUAAUUAUAAUUAUUAUAAUUAUUAAUAGAAAAAAUGGUGAUAAUAAUAUGGAACUCUUGUUCCCUGUUUUUAAAAUCUAUAUUAAUUAUUCAAUUAACAUUUCUAUCUCAAUAAAAAAUCACUAAGUUAUAAUUAUUUUUAUAUUCUAAAAUUUGAGCAAGAUUAAAUAUAUACUAUUUGGAGUAAUUGAUUUUCUUAUGUUAACAUUUGGGAUAUUUAAAAAUCUUACAUGAAAUUACAUGUUACGAACAAGUUUCUUAUUAUCACUAUUUUCUCUAAGUUUUAUUAAAAAAAAAUGAUACAACCACCGAUCUAGCGUUGAUAAGGAAGAGAGAAAUGUGCUAUCUGUUAUAUAAAUACAUUAUAUAUUUUUUCGUUUCUUUAUUAUUAUGGAUAAUUUUAAUAUUGUAAAUCUUUAAGUACGCACGAAUACAUUAAUACAUAGAAUCAAGUUGUUAGGAUAUAUCACUACAAUUCACUUUAUAGGAGGAUAUAUUUGUUAAAAUAUACACUAAAUUUAACUUGACAAACAUUGAUAAUUGCGUGAUAAGAUUCGAUGGUUCUACAAAAACUGAUAUCUUUUUAUAAGGGGAGAAUAAACAAUGGAUUUUAAUCGUGGAUAUUUACCUACCCGUUACAUUCACGUUUUUGUGCGUAUUUGAAUGAUGGAAAUGUUGACUCGUAAACCAAAAGUGUGCGAAAAUGGUGAUUACUAUAGCUAUAACUAGGGCAGUCCACAAAACCCAGAAUAAUAAUAAACGAAACGUCAUGCAAA